AUGCUCUACUUGAAGAAUUUCAGCUUCAUCUUGGCCUUUCUCUUGCAGGUUGGGAUUUGUUUCUCAGUGUUGCCCAACAAUCCUUUGAGCAAAGCUAAGGCCGCGGGAAUUGAUGCGGAAGCCUCUUCAAUGGGGGGCAGCCACAGCAAGCUGUCAGAAAUAGAAUUGGGAAAAGAUGAUUGUAACUUGGUGAGCCAAUCUUCUGACAACCUGGAUCAAUUGUCAGAGGAAAGCCGUGAUGAGUGGAUGGGGGGAAUUCAUAGUGAACUCUCAGAAAGUGGCAAGUCUGAUUUUGAUAUAAGUCUUGUUAAUUUAUGA